AGCUAACUAACGAUGUGCAGCUUGUUGAGGUCCGGUUCACCCGCGGGCGCAGCAAGCCCGCCGAAGUGGCGCAAGCCGCGCGCGGGGACCGCCGGCCGAGCGCGCGGCUCCGGGCGGCUGGGCUCGCUACGGCACGGCCGCCGCGGGCCACCCCCCUCCACCGGCGCGGCGCGUGGCGCGCUCCGUUCAACUGCUCGGCGGUCGCUCGGACUCGCUCGGCUCGCCACGGCUCGGCAGGCCCCGAUGCUCUCUUGUUCUCUGUUAUUAUUGCGCGAGAUGUUGUUGUUUUCGUCUGUGUGAGCGGAGUUGCAUGGCGCCUUAGACCUGUGUAGGCUUGUCGUUUAAUUGAAAUUAUUUGUUAGUCAGUUUACGUCCCUGGUGUGAGUGGAGUCGACGCCUCUGGGAGUGAUAUCGUUCGACGUGAUUCGGCAUUUAUUUGUCUGAAGUGAUUAGGUGUCACGAUGCCGCCCAAAAGUAGGAAACCAGUACGGAAGCGUUUUGUGAAAAAGAAAAGAACAACCCUGAGUCCAAACAUUAACACGGAUCCUCCGGAUUCUGUACAAGAGGUAAUUGUUUACUUCGUGACAAACUCGAUUGUUCGCAGUAUUAAGUUUGCAAUUUUAAGGUCUAUUCAAAAUUUUCAGGAACCCAGCGCCCUUGUGUCCUCUGAUGCCCCCAGUACUUCAAAUUCAAAUUUAGGAUGCCAAAGCAGAACCUUUGAGUCUGACCAUGAUUACGUCACUGCCUCACCUAGUGCUAGUGAAGCUGAAGUUAUUAUGGAGGAUGGAGCUCAAGAGAAGCCACCUGAAUCUGUGUUGCCAUCUGUCUCAGUAGAUUUAUUGAUGGACAUCAAGGGGAAAGUAGACUGGUUUCUGCAUCAAAACUGGAUAUCUAUAGUUCAGCAAGAUUCAAUAACAGUUGUCUUUGUGUGCCCUGGGAAAAAUAUUCUAAUUCAAAGGAGUUUAGUAUUUGAAAGUAAUGGCAACGUAGAAGUUUUUGUGCAUGGAGAAAAAGUAGAUGUGAAUCCGUUUAUGGAAGGGCUUGAUGUUUUUGAACCCUUGGAAGAAAAAAAUGUCAACCAGUUUGUCGACAGAAUGGUAACUGUUAUAAACAAUUUAAGAUCAAUGCAAAUUUGCAGCGGUUACGAUGAUGAAAAGUUUAAGAGUGUUUGGUCUCAGUGUUCACAAGGUUUUGUUGAUAAAAAUCCUUUUAGAGAAUAUCGAUAUGAAGAAACUUUCAGAUCUCCUUCCUGUCUUCGCCUUGUUCAUCAUAGAAAGUGGCGUUGCACUGAGUGUUCCAAGCUUUAUAAGCCUCUCAAACGAAAAUCUCUGUCUGCUGCUGUAGAUAGGCCGAAGUUGCAUACAGCUAAUAAAUACCUCACAGAAGAACAAAUGUUGACAAAACUUGCAGACCAAGCCAAUACUAUAAAUACAGCCAACAGGAAGAUUUCUCACAUGACAGAGAGAAUGCAACUUAUGUUAACUAAGAGUGGUGUUAACUUAGAUAAUGAUUUGUCUGACAAUCUUACUGAACUAUUGGAAAGUGGACAAAUGACUGAGGCAAAGUCAGUAUUCCUUCAACAGCAAGUAAAAGCUUCACAGAAGAAAAAUAUGGUUGGAAUGAGAUGGCACCCAACAAUGAUUAGAUUUGCACUUGCGAUCCAUCUGACUUCACCUGCUGCUUAUGAACUAAUGAGAGACACGGGGAUGUUAAAGCUACCAUCAGGCAGAACCCUUUUUGAUUAUUCUCAUGUGAAGCCAGUCCAGGAAGGAAUUGACCAAUAUGUUCUGGAUUCAUUAGGGGAGAGAGUUAGUAAAUUUUAA